AUGCUCCUACUACUAUUACGAUUAGUGGUCACGUUCGAUAGUGGUGGAUCCAUUGCCACUGUUAGCGCACUGAUGGCAGAUUUCUUUGACUACCCUCCCGGCUACGUUCCUGGAAAGGGUUUCGAAGACUAUCCUCACAAAGAGAAAGAAGAGACUGACGACAAUGUCAGCAGCGUUCAACAACAGCAACAGCAAGUCCCCAGCACCAGCGGCCCCGUGACCGUGCCCCUGACCCAGCUCUCCCCCACCCGUCAGCAGUGGAUCGACUGCCCCGGCUGCAGCCGGCCGACUCGGACCAGCGUCGAGGGGAGAUCCGAGGGCAGGAAGCUGUUCAUGAAUGUCUUCUGGUGGCCCCUGCCGAACCGCAAGCACUGGUGGGAGAAGACGCACUGGUACUGCUCCGGGUGCAGGACCGAGGUGGCUGUGCAGAAGCGUGGAGAGGAUCUACGGAUUCUUAUCUAA